CCCGGGAUUCUGCUGCCAUGGGGACAAAAUACACGGAGGAGACGACGAAGAAAGGUGGGGUCACUGGGGCGUCCGAGGAAGCCCCUCUGUGUGGGGGCCUAGGGAAACGUCCACCGGUGCACAGUGGUUUGGCCUGUAUGGCCCUAAGUGGGCAUGCUGCAGGACACGCUGGUGGAGAUGGAGGGUGGUGGGCAGAGAAAGCAGAUGUGUGUGGGGAAGGGAAUUCAUUGUUCUCCGAGGCUGCUCAGUUUGGGGCGGCAGUUUGUUGACGGGGGCCCCCAGAGCCGUGGAGGGACCUCUCUUAAUCUUUGCAUAAAUCUAAAUAGUGAUACUCAUCUAUGGUAAUUAGCAACUUGGGCAGCAAACAGCUCCCAGCAGCUCCCCUGCCAGGCCCUAGAUGGAGCCCACAGGGCUCUUUGAACAGGUCCUGCCCUGGCCCCGAACCAGGAGACCCGCCAGUAGGGCCCAGCCCAGCCCAGCCUGGUCUCUUGUCUGUAGCAGAGGAGCUGGCCCUGAAGCUGGCUGAGGCCAUCGAGGGAGGGGACAAGGAGCUGGCACUGGAGUGCGCUGGCUGGCUGGCCGAGCAGCGGGCGCCUGUGACGGUGCAGGUGAAGCCAGAGGCCUACCCCAAAAAGGAAAUCAGCUUGUGGGUGGGAGUGGAGGACGCCCAGAUGACCACAGUCCCCAUCUACCUGAAAGUCAAUCCUCAUAUGACUUUGGCUUCUCUGAAGGACAUGGUAUUCCUCCUCUACGGCUUCCCACCCAGCGUUCAGCAGUGGGUGGUGGGCAAGAGGCUCCCCGGAGACCAGGAGACCCUGCACUACAAUGGCAUCCAGCGAGACGGCGACAUGGCCUAUCUCUACCUCAGGUCUGCCAAAGAGGCCAAGCUCAGCAAAGAGACGUUCCAGAAGGAGCGGGAGCGCCGAGUCCUGGCAGAACUGGGCAUCAGCGACAUUCUCCUGCAGCCUCGCGGGAGCCAGGAACAGGUGGACGUGGGGCUCGGAGGGGCGCAGGACAGCCUGUGCAUGGAGGAGCUGAGGCAUGAGCUCUUGCAGGCGGAAGCUGCCCCUCCCCCUGAACCCCCCAAGGUCGGCUGGGUCUGUCCGAGCUGCACCUAUGUCAACAAGCCCACCCGCCCCGGCUGCGAGAUCUGCUGCAAGGAGCGGCCUGAGGACUACAUGGUGCCCGUGGCUUACCAGCCGGACGAGGAGGAGCUGGCGAGGAUGAGGAAUGAGGAGGAAGCCAUGCGGCAGUACCAACAGGUGACAGAGCAGCAGAAGAUUGAGAACUACCAGCACCUCCUGCAGCUGGAUGGGCAGAGCCUGGUGCCCGCCGAUGAAGUGAUCGAAUGUCCCAUCUGCUUUGUGACCCUGCAGCCUGGAGAGGGGGUGACGCUCCGGGAGUGCCUGCACUCCUUCUGCAGGGACUGUCUGAAGGGGACGAUACUGAAUAGCCCGGAGCCCGAGGUGCCCUGUCCGUACAUCGACGAGAAGUACUCCUGCCCAGGACAGCUGCUGGAACGGGAGAUCAAAGCGCUCCUGAGCUCUGCUGAAUAUCAGCACUUCCUGGACCUGGGCGUCUCCAUCGCUGAGAACCGCAGCCGGUCCAGCUACCACUGCAAGACCACGGACUGCCGGGGCUGGUGCAUCUUCGAGGACGACGUGAACGAGUUUGCCUGCCCCGUGUGCCAGAAGGUGAACUGCCUGCUCUGCAAGGCCAUUCACGAGACCAUGAACUGCAAGGAGUAUCAGGACGACCUCAAGCUCCGGGCUCAGAACGACCAGGCUGCCAGGCAGACCACCGAGAUGCUGACAACGAUGGUCCAGAAAGGGGAGGCAAUGUACUGUCCUACCUGUAAGAUCGUUGUCCAGAAGAAGGAUGGCUGUGACUGGAUCCGCUGCACUGUCUGUCACACGGAGAUCUGCUGGGUGACCAAGGGGCCGCGCUGGGGGUCAGCGGGCCCGGGCGACACCAGCGGUGGCUGCCGCUGCAGGCUGAACGGCGUUCCUUGCCAUCCCCGCUGUCAGAACUGCCACUGAGCACGCAGGAGCCAAGAGGAAGGAUGGGGUGGCUGCUUUCUACGCAGUGCCCCAGCCCCGCUGGGGGGGAACACAGCUCCCCUUGAGCCCCUGGCUACUCUCCCCACCACACCGUCACAGCCGGGGGCCAGGCCUCCAGGUUUCUGGCUCCCAGAGCCCACCACAGACCCACGUCUCUGCUAGGGGAAGGACUGUGCAGAUCAGCAGCCGUGGGGCGAGCGGAGCGUUCCUGUUUCAUGUAUUGAAGGCGGACUUAGGAGAAGGCUGGGGGUCGACCUCCCCUGGUGGGAACCAAGUGCCCUGUGCAAGUUGUGGGGCGGCCUACUUCACGAGCUGUUCCCUUCACGUGUCCCUCCGCAGCAGCUGUGUAGAAGAUGACCGGGCUGGGUUGGAACAGCAGGCUGGGAACACUCUGGCUCCUCUAGUUGAUGGAGGUGGCAGGUACAUUAGUGGCCCUCAGGCCUGAAGGAGCCCUUCCUCAUCCCCUAGGGAAAACACGGUUCCCCCUAUCCUACAGGUCACCGGUGCAGCCUUAGCCAUUUUGCCAGCUAGUGAAAAAGGGUUUUUGAUGCUCCUCAUCUCCCAAGUGGCCAAGCCAGAAAAAAGGUCCAGCCCAUCAGAGAGAAGCAACAUUGCUGAGUGCUCCAGGGGACUGCCUGGGCAACCACCCCUACACCUGGCUCGUUACAGCCUCCAUCCUGCCCGCUGCAGCCCAUUGGCACUUUAGUCAGCUGGUGCAGCAGGACCCAGCAACCUCCCAGCCCAGCUGGCAUGCACGAGGCAUGGCACGCGCCAGGGCACCGGGGACAGACCAGGCAGGUGUUGGUUCUUAGCAGGCAGCUUUCGUUGCCCUCUGCCUGGAUUUACAAUAAAGGGCUGCAACUUUU